AUGAUAGCUUGGGGCUAUCGGCUGUUAAGGGGCAAUCCCGAGCAUGAAGCACAAAUCAAAUUUUUCGACGUCGCCCCAACUUCGGUAGUCUUGAAGACUACACCAACAUGGUACGAUACCUUCCCUUGGCUGAAACAUCUUCCUUACGCCAUUUCUCCGUGGAAACGAGCAGCGAAGGUCCUCUUCGAGCGCGAGGAGGCUCAUUAUUUGGGCAAUUUUCGUAGCGCGCUGAAGAGACCUGGAUAUAACCUGAGCAAACAAAUUGCCAGCAGCACUGAUAUGUCGGAUACGGGAAUGUGUGAGACCGAGCAGGCGUGGGUUGUGGGAACGUUGACCUUAGCCAACGGUGAUACCAGCGUCGCCACUCUGUGUUGGUUCGUCGUUGCCAUGCUGACGUAUCCGCGUGUCUUUGGCAAGGCUCAGGCCAUGAUUGAUGAAGUCGUUGGCCAUGAUCGCUUGCCUGCUUUCGAAGACCGGGAGAAGCUGCCGUAUGUCGACGCAAUGAUCGAAGAGGUGAUGCGGUGGCGACCUAUCCUACCAGCCGGGCUAGACCACGCGGCCGUUGAGGAAGAUGAGUACGAAGGAUACAGGAUCCCAAAAGGAGCGACGAUAAUUCACUCCCAGUGGGCGAUUACGCGAGACAAAGAGGUGUAUGGCGCGGACUACGACGACUUCAGACCUGAGAGAUGGAUCGAGAACGAAGACUUGCCCAGGACCGCCUUUGGAUACGGAAGGCGACUUUGUCCAGGCAGACAUGUAGGUAGAGAAGGCCUGUGGAUAUUGUUUGCCCGGCUCAUUUGGGCAUUUCGGCUUGAGCAGACGACUGAUCCGGCCACAAUGAAGAAAAAGGUGAUUGAUCCGAUGUCCAUGUUGCCGGCGGGCUUCGUUAUUGGGCCUAAUCCUUUUGAAGCACUGUUCAUUCCUAGGGGUCCAUGGGUUGAAGCCCUUGUACAUGCAGAUCUUCAAAGUGCAGAGAAGGAUGUUGGAAAGAUCAUGGAGCAGGUGUAG